AUGGCUUCUGAGAAGAUGUCAGAGUCGGAAAUGGCAAAGUUGUCAGAGCCUCUGGCAAAAGCAAAGCGUUCUGGAUAUGCUCCUGAGGAGCUGCUGCAGGGACCUAUGCCAUCUGGAAAGGUGGAACGCAGUCAGGGUUCUAUGUCAGAUUCUUCCAAGCGCCGCUUGGUUGCUCCGGAGGAAUUCGAGAUUCUUGAACCACCAUUUGUGAGUGAAGCUGGGCACUCGACACUUGUGAAAGAAUCAGAGAUUGUGGAUUUCGGAAAGGGAGAUGUGAAUGUCAAGAUCCCUGUCCCAAGAGAGGUGAAGGAUGGUCGUCAAUGGGGUCGCACUUUGAUGCAGUUGCCGGCUCUGAAGAGUCGCAAUUUGAGCUAUGAGGAGAUCUUUGACCUUGUGGUUGAGAGGAUGCCGACAUUACCAAGUACUGUCGAUGG